CUAUCACGCUCUAAUCUACACAACGAGCUAUGUGCAUGCUGGGAGUCUAGCCUAGCGCUGGUUAACUUUAUCUUAACAGACUCCAAACCCAUCCUGACAGGUGGUCUAAUCACCUGUGACCCGGGCUGCUCUAAAGUGACCUGUCAUGUGUGGCUCAAACAGUAAUCUAUAUUCCUAGAAAGAGGUGCAAAAACAAGGUGGCUCUCAGGGGGACAGCUGAUGGUCAAAGUCUUGGGAGAAUUGCGUCUGACAAAGACAACAACAGUAAUCACAGGGCUGGGUCAUCAUUAGUUAUUCCCUCAGGCUGAGAUUGUUUUUCAUGCGUUACACACACAAACAUACAGAUGAUCAGGCAUGGCGGCAGGGUUUCUGUUGUUUUUUCACGUGUGUUUGUGUAUGAAGGGCCUUACAUGCACCUUGUGUGUUUAAAAUCAUAACCUAACUUUAAUUUUCAAUAUAGUAAAGAGCAUACUUGCAGAUUGGAACUGGUGGAAUCACCUUCCACUGAUUUUUCUUUCUCCAAUAUUUUGACAUUUUCAUAGCAUUGCGAAUAGUGAAGCCAACUGUUUGUUGCAAUGCUAUAACCCAGGGGUCCCCAAACUUUUUCCUGAGAGGGCCACAUAACUUUUCCCUUCUCUGAUGGGGGGCCGGUGUCAGUUUGUAACAGAAAAAGUGUGACGAUCGUAGGGGAGCUUAAAAAAUUUAUUGUUUUCCAGAAAGCCACACAUAACCAAAUAACGGUUAUUUAAUAACCCUUUCCAGGUUCUUUACAGAAAAAAAGUCAGGAAACAAAUAACACUAUUAAUGAAAUAAAUAAUAACUAAAUAACCCUCUCUGAGUUCUUCACAGAAAAAAACAGGAAAUAAAUAAUAACUAAAUAACUCUCUCUGGGUUCUUCAUAGAAAAAAAAGCCAUGGAACAUUAACUUUCUGUUGUGCCAUGCACAAUCUUAACAGAUAAAAGUUCAGCUCAGUUGUCAGAGCAGAAUAUCUCUGACCAGAGGCGUAGCCAGGAAUUCUUCCAGUAGGGGCGCGCGCCCACAGGAAAAAAAAUCGAACAUCACCCACGCCGUUCGCUGAUCGCUAAAACAACAUCCGGGUCCGGCAGGCAAACGGUGAAUGGAUAACAUCGCGCACAUAGAAUAGCGCACGCACAUUCGCGCAAGACCGAAAGAAAAAAACGGCAUGAAAAUGAAGAAUCGAAAAAGCUCGAUUUUUUUCAACCGGGGCGCAGGGAGUCCUAACCGGGGCGCCUGUCUCUGACACAUAUGAACAGUCUCUUAAAGUUAUUGUGUUCCUUCCUUAAAUUCCUUUUGUAGGUUCCAGUAGGCUUGUAGACACCGCUGUCUUUUUUGUUAAAGUUUGCUAGUGUGUCAUAGUCUGGAGUAAAAUUUGUUGUGGCAAUUCUUAGGCGAGAUCCGAGGUGUUGGUCCGUUUACCUCGAUCUGUGACGGGUUGAUGUUGACGUUCAUGUGGCUGAACGUCACGUCGCGUACGUCGAGCCAAAUUGGCCACUCUCUUUUAAACGCUUGGCACUGUGUCCACGUUGCUUUUCCUUGGGCGACUCAUUUUAAUGGAAGGAUUCCAGGGGAAGGUUUGUGGGUGGAUUUAGCGCAAAACUGCAUCUGAAAGCUCAGCGCGCGAAUUACAAGAAUGCUGUCGUCACAGCCCACGAUCUAAAUUCGGGACUGAUACAAAUAGAGCGCGAGUGCGCCAUGUCCGUACUACUGAGUACGUACACGCACUUGUGAGUGUGCACCGAGCUUUCUGACACGGCUUCCGGUAGUAAAUGCGCAGGCGAGCGCUUCCUCAUCUACUGUGGAAACGCAGUCAUUGCAGGCAAAAUGACCCCAAAAAAAAGUUUAAUAAUACAAUUUGUUCAGGGUUGGCGGGCCGGAUUAAACGGUCCCGUGGGCCGUGUCCGGCCCGCGGGCCGUAGUUUGGUGACCACUGCUAUAAUCCCUCGAGCAAUGGAGCAAACAGAAACAGUCAUAGAUUUAUAGUCUGCACAGAGCAACUCAUAGUAGUGCCUGCCAUAUUGUUGUAUGAUGAUUAUUUAGGAAUCAUUUUGUCUUACACGGACGGCCUCGAGUUGGCCAAGACGGGCCCAGCAGCAAGCACAGCCAGAUGGCCAUUCAAUAGGUGCAGUAUGAUCCAUUGAUUUGUGCUAUGACUGCAUGCUUUUAGGAAACUUUCAAAAGCACAUGAGCGACAAUGGCGAUUGAGCAGAAGAUUGGCUGCCGCAGCCCUCUUUGUAGAGUGGCACGCUUUGGGGGGGGGAAGGAAGGAAGGAAGGAAGGAAGGAAGGAAGGAAGGAAGGAAGGAAGGAAGGAAGGAAAGCAGGAAGGAAGGAAGGAAGGAAGGAAGGAAGGAAGGAAGGAAGGAAGGAAGGAAGGAAGGAAGGAAGGAAGGAAGGAAGGAAGGAAGGAAGGAAGGAAGGAAGGAAGGAAGGAAGGAAGGAAGGAAGGAAGGCCCGACGACUUCAGUGGCUUCCGAUUUUGGGGUCUGAAUGGGUUUGGACUGAAUGACGACUGUCGGUGACAUCAGACAGGAACAAGUCAGCAUAUCUGUACUUGUCCACGUCUAAGAUGCCUAAACUUUCCAUCACAAGCAAAUAAUGAAGCAAGGUAACGACAUGGGAAAUAUGGCUUUUUCAUAUCAGUGUAACAUUGGGCCACGACAAGAAGGUCAAAGUGGGAUUGAGGAAGGGAAGGCCACAAAGGGAAGGAGCAGAACGCCUCCUGGACGAGUCGGCCAAUCGCAGGACGCCCCCACCCACCCCGACCGACCGACGACAAUCUUCUUAUUUGCGUCUCGGCAGACAAGUACAAGUGGGCAGGAUGCGAGUCGUCUCUGUCACUCGUCUCGUGAUGUGUCUCGCGUCACGAUGGAAGGGAACGGCACGCUGAGGCUGAGUCUCGAUGGCUUCAUAGGCCUGGACACAUACAAAUGGGUUUAUUUUCUGUUCUUGUUGGCAAUGUAUAUUCUCAUCCUCUGCUCUAACAGCACCAUUAUUUGUCUGGUCUGGAUUCACAGGAACCUUCAUGAGCCUAUGUAUGUUUGCAUUGCAUGUUUGUCCCUCAACUCGCUUUUUCUCAGCACUACCAUCUAUCCCAAACUCUUUGUGGACGUCUUGUCGAACCAUCAGAGCAUUUCUUUGUCCUUUUGUCUGGUUCAGUUUUUUUUUUUUUACACUUUAGGUAUGUCUGACAUCGCGUUGUUGUUGGUCAUGUCUUAUGACAGAUACGUGUCCAUCUGCAGGCCUCUUCGGUACGCCUCGGUCAUGGGCGCAAGAAGGGUCAGCGUUUGCUUGGCUUUGGCCUGGUUUCUGCCAGCCUGUCCGCUGAUGGCGACAAUUUCUAUGCAGUCCAAACAAAAAAUCUGCAGCUUGACUUCGGGUGGAAUUUUUUGCAACGGUGCAAUGUUGAAGAUUUACUGUAUGAUACCAAUGUCAGUGCUGGGGUGGACUUUUUUCGGCAUCUCAACUGUGGUGCUCCUUCCCGUGUUGCUCAUCCUCUUCACAUACGUCAAGAUAUUCAUAGUUUGCUAUCAUAGUCUAGCCUGGAAAAAAGCCGUGGAUACGUGUUUACCGCAUCUGAUUGUUUUAAUCGCAACUGUGGCUUUGGUCCUAUGCGACGCCGUCAUCGCGCUACUGGGGUCAGUACUUCCCAAAAGUGUGCAACUGAUUACGACUCUACAAACAGUGGUGUACGCUCCUCUGCUCAAUCCAAUCUUAUACGGCUUGAAGCUGAAAGAAAUCCGCAAGCACAUCGAGAAACUCUUUCGUUCCAAUCAUGUUGGAGCUAUGGCAAAUCAGGUGGAAUGAAAUGUGCAAGUACAUGUGUUGUUGUGCUGAGACUGGGUGCCUCUUUUGACUUGAUUCCAAUAACGGCCGUGCCGUGCGUGCAUGCACAUGUCUCCGUUUGUCACCUGACUUCCUGCUAAUCAAGCUCCUUAGGUCCCCUACUUGACCUCUGUGUAUUGUGCCAGUGCUUGUCGCUUCGUCUGCUUACCCUGCCCAUGACAGAAACCACUGCUUUUGUGCCCUGAACCGUCUCUGUUGCCGACCGUGCUUUGAUCGCCGCCUGCCCGGACAACUUGCUCGGCGGCCUUUGGGCACGCUUCCGAUCGCCGCCUGCCCCGACUACUUGCUCGGCGGCCUUUGGGCACGCUUCUGAUCGCCGCCUCCCUCCACCACCCACCUCGGCGGCCUUUGGGCACGCUUCCGAUCGCCGCCUGCCUCCACCA